UUCCUUACAUCGCAUAAACUAAUACACCUAUAAAUAGGUUACAGUUGAACGAUCCCCUCUCUGAGAGCAAGCACCCCCCAAAUGCCAUUUCCGCUCUCUCUCACCCCUCUCUGAGAGAGCUUCCGCCAAAUCCCUUUUGCUCUCUCUCUCUCUCUCGCCUCCCCCUUGCUCCCUUCGUCUCCCCUGGGUUUAGGGUUUUGGGUGUUCUUCUUGGCGGGAAAAGGUGACAGGAAAUUAGAGGAGUUUCAAAGUCACAUAAGUUUCAAUGGGCAGUGGGGAGGUAACUACACCAACUGAAACUCAGAAGUCAACUUCAACACAGGAAAAGCCUCCUAGCAGUCCUGCUGUGGUUUAUCCUGAUUGGGCUUCAUUUCAGGCAUAUUAUAAUGCUACCGGGACUCCUAUGCCCCCUCCUGGGUUUCUCCAUUCUCCUGUGGCAUUGAGUCCACAAGGGCAUCCAUAUUUGUGGGGUCCACAGAUGCUUCCUUCAUAUGGCACUCCACCACCAUAUGUUGCUAUGUAUCCACAUGGAGGUCUCUAUCCUCAUCCAUCCAUUCCCCCGGGAUCUUAUCCGUACAGCCCUUUUGCAACGCCAUCAUCUAAUGGGACUGCAGAAGCUUCUGUUGCUGGAGCUAGUGGUGCAGAAACAGAUGGCAAGUUGCAUGCAGGUAAACAAAGGAGUCCUUUAAAGAAGUCCAGAGGAAGCUUAGGAAGUCUGAAUAUGCUUACAGGCAAGGUUAAUGAUACCAGACAUGCAUCUGGUGCAUCUGCAAAUGGUGCCUUUUCACAAAGUGGUGAGAGUGGAAGUGAAGUUUCAAGCGAAGGAAGUGAUGCAGAUUCUCAAAAUGGUUCCCAGCAAAGGCAUGGUUCUGAACAUGGUUCAGGCAAUGAGGGAGCCAACAAAGCCAGUGGCGCUCGAACUACAUCAAAUGAAGUUACACAAACACUACCUACACCGGCUGUAUUAAACGCAACUGUGCCAUUUGUGGCGAUCCCACCAGGUGGCCUUGCUGGUCCGGCCACCACGCUGAAUAUUGGGAUGGACUAUUGGGGAGGGCCUGCUCCAAUUUCUGCAGUCCGAGGCAAACUCUCUGCUGCCUCAUCCACAGCACUCUUGGUUCCAUCUAGUCAUGAAGGUUCACGUGACAGAGUUCCACCUGAUUGUUCAAAACAGGAUGAAAGAGAACUUAAGAGGCAAAAACGAAAACAAUCUAACAGGGAAUCUGCACGCCGCUCCCGAUUACGUAAGCAGGCUGAAUAUGAAGAACUGACCAAUCAUGCAGAAACUCUGAAAGAGGAAAAUAAUUUGCUAAAAGAAGAAUUGGAGCGUAUGCAGGUGGAGUGCCGUAAAAUGACAUCAGAGAAUGCCACUCUUACUGAAAAACUUAAAAUACAUUGGGGCAAGGAAUCUAGAGAAGAUGAACAAGUUGAUCCAGUUAAUGGCGGUGGCUGAAAGCUGGUAAUUUAAUACAAUCCACAAUCAUGUACAAUGUGGCUUAAUAGGGUCAUUAUAUUGAGGAACACGGGCAAUUGCUGACAGUUUUCUAACAGAAGGUGCUAAUAAGUGUCUCAUCUGAUUGAUGUGGAAGGUCAGGCAGGAUUUUGGUCCAUCCACUGUAAUUUUUUUAUGUUAAUCUCAAGCUCAUUGUAACAAAUAUAUAAUCUUGUUGGAGCCCGCUAACUUUUCAUGGCACUAUAUCUUCAUCAUUAACCUUGGUGAAAAGUGGACUAUGAUGGACCAUAGGAGGUAUCUAACAUGUAGUGAUGCAUCAAAAUUUUCAUGAUGUGUCCAAUCUAGAAGAAAUGCUAAUAUGUACACCAGAACUAAAUUGUUUGUACAAUUUUAACUAUAUGAUUAUUAGUUGUCUUUUCUUUGAAGCUA